UAAGAACCAAGUUGAAUCAUGUUCCGACUUUUGACUGCCUGCUGGUCUCGUCAAAAGACCACAGAAGGAAAACAAAGGAAUGUGACUAUCAUUGUCAUUGGCUUGGACAACUCUGGCAAAAGUCAUCUUGUAGAGGCCUUUCAAAGAUUAAUUCCUAGCAAGAUGCACAGUGAAAUGAGACCAACACAAACAACACUUCUACUAGAUGAUUACCAAGUGUCUGUCUAUGACCUAACUGGAGACCUAAAGGGCCGUGAAAAAUGGCCAAGCUACUAUGCUGAGGCACAUGGGCUUGUUUUCGUCGUGGAUUCUAGUGACAUAGCACGCAUACAGGAAGUGAAGAUCAUCUUAACUCGCCUAAUGUUUGACAAAAGGGUAUCAGGGAAGCCCAUCCUAAUCCUGGCAAACAAACAAGACAAGAAGAAUGCCCUUUUGCCUUGUGAUAUCAUUGAGUAUCUACUUCUGGAAAAGCUAGUGAAUGAGACUAAAUCCAUGUGCCGAGUAGAGCCAUGUUCAACCAUAAAAAAUCUUCCAAAGAGACACCAACAGCCAAUAGUUAUAGGGCUGCGAUGGCUACUAGCUGCCAUUGGGGAUCAAUACGAUGAGCUGUAUACUCGACAACAAACACCCAGUAUGAGCAUCUCAACCUCCAAGAACAUCAGAGGCUGCGGAGAAAGAUGCUCAUCAGACAGCUUACCUAACAGAGUGAGUAUGGUCAGACACAACAACAGACAGCAUUUUGAGAAAAGACAACACAUGGAGCACAGACAGCAUGUGGAGCAAAGACAUUUUGAGAAAAGACAGCAUUUUGAGUCAAGACAGCACUUAAUACAACGCUCACUGGAUGCUAGGCCCCUGAAGCCAAUUCUACAGAAAGAUGGUUUUCGAAUAAGACCCAAAAAGAAUAUGUCAGUAACUUUUGCUCUAGACGUAAUUAUGGAGGAAGGUGAAUGUUCUCGGAAGAUUGGAGCGCCGAAUAUCAGUAAGCCUUGCAAUAGUCAAUGUUAUGAUGCAAAGACUCCAGCUCCAUCUGUUGAUGCCAAUCUUUUCAAAGCUCGUAGGCCCAAAAAGAGAAUAGAAACCUGGGACACUGAAGAAAUGUUAUUGGAAGAUCCUCGUGGAGAAGCCUUCCGUUCCUGCGUAACUGGGCAAAUCUCCAGAAGCAGCAGGAACUCCCAGUCUUUGUUUUUCAUUGGAUAA